CUGAGGCUCCACUGCUUUUCUCAGCUGCUCGGUUUCACUGUAGCUUAUUACGGGGGGGCUUUGCCGUCUGAAGCAGUUUUUAGGGCCCUGCUAGGCUGUCAAUUCGGUAAGAGAGACGCCAGAAACGAACGAGCGAUACGAAAUCAAGCUUUCGACACGCAUCGAUUUUGUUUUGGCUGAUUUCACUCCACCGCACGUCCGCCUCGGGUCUAGAUUUGCAGACCCGCUACUGCUAACGUGCGUAAUGUAUCGUACAGAGGAAACACAGUAAAUAGACGGACACGUCCAUCUGCAAUAAAGAGGAAACGAAGAUGGUGAUGAUGGCUUCACCAAAUUUAGCCUACAAAAGCUCGACAGCAAUGGCGAAGCCUUCUCUCCCUCUGAAGCUGUUUCUCUGGGUGUUUAUCGUCGUUAACCUGCCUACAAGCACCUUCCAGACUGAUGAUGAUGAUGAGGUGUCCAACAAGACGUGGGUGCUGACUCCAAAAGUGUAUGAGAGUGACGUCACGCACAUCCUGAACAGCUUACUAGAUGGAUAUGACAACAAGCUCAGACCUGACAUCGGAGUUAAACCAACGGUGAUCCACACGGACAUGUUCGUGAACAGCAUCGGCCCAGUAAAUGCCAUCAAUAUGGAAUACACCAUCGACAUCUUCUUUGCUCAGACUUGGUACGACAGAAGGUUAAAAUUCAACAGCACGAUGAAGGUUCUGCGUCUCAACAGCAACAUGGUCGGGAAGAUUUGGAUCCCAGACACUUUUUUCCGCAACUCCAAGAAGGCCGAUGCCCACUGGAUUACCACACCCAAUCGAAUGCUUCGGAUCUGGAAUGAUGGUCGGAUACUAUACACUCUCAGGUUGACAAUCGACGCUGAGUGCCAGCUUAAACUGAACAACUUCCCAAUGGAUGAGCACUCAUGUCCCCUGGAGUUUUCAAGCUAUGGCUACCCAAGGGAGGAGAUUGUAUACAAGUGGAAGAGGAGCUCAGUUGAGGUUGGGGACAUUCGCUCCUGGAGGCUCUACCAGUUCUCCUUCGUGGGCCUGAGGAACACCUCAGAGAUUGUCAGGACUGUCUCAGGAGACUACGUGGUGCUGACUGUCUUCUUUGACCUGAGCAGGAGGAUGGGUUACUUCACCAUUCAGACCUACAUCCCAUGCACCCUGAUUGUUGUCCUCUCUUGGGUCUCAUUCUGGAUCAACAAGGAUGCUGUCCCUGCCAGGACAUCAUUAGGUAUCACUACUGUGCUGACCAUGACCACGCUGAGUACCAUUGCCAGGAAAUCCCUUCCAAAAGUGUCCUAUGUGACCGCCAUGGACCUUUUUGUGUCCGUCUGCUUCAUCUUUGUCUUUGCUGCACUCAUAGAGUAUGGCACACUGCACUACUUUGUCAGCAACAGGAAGCCGAGUGCCAAAAAGGACAAGAAGAAGAAAAACCCGCUCCUCCGGCUCUUUUCCUCAAAGCAGACACCCACGGUAGACAUCCGCCCACGCUCGGCCACAGCCAUCCAGAUGAACAACGCCACACACAUGCAGGAGCGGGACGAGGAGUAUGGUUACGAGUGUCUGGACGGGAAGGACUGCACCAGCUUCUUCUGCUGUUUCGAAGACUGCCGCUCAGGAGCGUGGCGGCAUGGGAGGUUGCACAUUCGUAUCGCAAAGAUAGACUCGUACGCACGCAUCUUCUUCCCCACCGCAUUCGGUCUCUUCAACCUGGUUUACUGGGUCUCCUAUCUCUAUCUCUAGGUCUGGCUGUGUCUCCAGCCUUAUCACACAGCUUCUUAUGUUCUACAUUAUGCUCUGUGCCAGCAAGGGACAUACUAAAGGAGGGGACCCACUGCAACACAAGAUGAUUUGAUUUGAAGCAUUUCCUUUAAAUCUUCAGUUUUAAUCUCUAAGUCAUGAAAACUCUGACAGACACUGCAAAUGUUGUAGCACUACACUUAACUGGUAUGAGGAGGUUUAUAGAUGUGUUGUGGAUACAUUGAUUGUGUGAGAAAUCUACGAGAAUCUUAGUUGUGUUUUAAGAUUUGACAUAUUUUUGGAUUUCCUUAUUUCUCUGAUGUUUUUUUUUAUUGUAUUAUUAUUAUUAUUAGGAGAAAUGCAUUCCUUCCACUGUAAAAAGUUGAAACAAAUCACAGCAAACAUCUUUAUGAAAAAUAUAAAAGACAUUUAUUGUCUUAUUAUUUAUUUUCACUUUUUUUCUCUUGCUUCGCAUCCUAAAACACUAAAUCUGAAGCACUUUAAUAGAGCGAUGUUAGACAGACACAUUACAGUUCAUUUGGAUGAUUUAUUUUUAAUCCAUUUAGCUCCAGCAUUGGCACAAUUGAACAUUUUCUACGUGUGGUCAGAGAGAGACAGAGAGGAUGCUGUUUAUGAACAAUGCUCAGCUGUACAGACACUGUAUAUAUUUUACUAUUACAUAGUGGUUUACAUUUAUUGCAUGCACCUUUCAGGCCAAAAAUCAACAUGUUUUAUGGUCUUCUGUUGUUGGUUAUGGAAACUACAAAAAAGAGCACUGUUGAUUAUCAUUCAGGAUUUAGAUAUACUUUUUUUUUCUAGGAAAAUUGGAAAACCACACAAGGAAAAAAAGUGCCCAAUUCGUCUUUUUAAGUUGUGAAAUCAUCUUUGCAUACAAGUGGGCGGGACAGAUGAUAUCAGGCCAGACAACUGCUUUAAUCAUUUUCCUCACAGCCAUUAGCCUACUGUAUAGACAAUGCUGACCUCUCACCCCCUCCUCCACGAGCUGUUAAAAGCAAGCAUUUACAUAAUGACACACUGCUGUUGUUCUUUUUUGUUAUGCAAGCUUUUAACAGGGAAAACGUAUUUUAAAAAGUUGCAUUCUCUGUACUGGAAAAAAAAAUUGUUUGCCCUUUUGCAUUAGCAGAGUGAUAACUACCGCUGUUUUUGCCUUUGAGGAACAGGAAUACAAACUAAUCCACUCCUUAAUGCAAAUGUCAAUAUAGACACCUGUAAGGGAUUUGUCAAUCUCACUGGGUUCUCUGUGUCAUUCUGCUAUUAAGACAUUAAAAAACACACAAAAUGCACAAAUUAGUUUGGGCCUGCAUUUAAACAACAGUGUAAAAGUCUUGUUUUCAAGGGAUUAGUAUUACCUGGGGACCUCUCAUCAAUUGUGAUAGUUAUACAAGGUUCCCUGUGUUCUUAAUCAUGUGUGGCAUAUUUCAGGUUACACAGGUCCUCUGAUUAAGCAAUCCAGUCUGAAUCACCAACUCACUAACUUAGGGCCAGUGUUCCUAUAUGCUUUAAAAAUCAAGACUUUUAAACACUUAAGAACAAUUAAUACUACUUUUUGCACAGCUGAAUUUUCUGAUUUAAUGUUCUUUCUAUAAAAUGUCAAAUUGCAUACGACAAAUACAUUUUUUGGCCAUAAACGCCCAAAUUUGAUGACUUCUGGCACAUUUACGGCCUCUAGUCCAUCAAUAUGCCAUAUACUGAUAUUUAUCAUAAGACACUUAAGCAGGUGUACCAAGCUGAUUCUGAAGAGUUACACCUUUAAAAAGCAAAUAAAUACUUUUUAAACCAGCUAAAACAACAGUGGGCUCCAUGGAUUUUUUAACUUGGCAACCUGGUAGCCUAGAUGUUCGAGAACUGGACUAAUGUUUUUCAACACUACAGAGUUUUUUUUUUUAAUCACAGUGAGCCAGAUAAACUCAAAGAGAGAUCUGAAAAUUCCCCCCAGGAAAUUUAGAACAUCCAACACCAUGGCCCUUUUUACAUGACGUUUUCAAGUGAAAACACAAAACUUUUGUUGUAUUUUGGCUGCCUGUCUACACAAGAACAGUGUUUUGGGUAGACCAUAAUGUCAACUGGAAUGACUCCCAGUCAACAUACUCUUGAAAUAUACCCGUCUUGUAGUUAAGAGUCACUCAAAGCAACAAUUCCACCUCAUUGUCGACCCAUACAAUUGCUUAUGUGCUUGCCAUCUUUGAUGUUUACACUAUAGUACUUAGGCUACAAGGAAGGAAGGGUCUUUACGCAUGUGUGCGCUUUGGCUAUUGCAAAAUUACACCGCCAGCUAUUGGCCUGGCAUGUAUACUACAAUGUUUUCGGUGUUUCCUGCGGUCUUGUACGCUGGGAGAUUGGUUUCAAAACAUUGCUGUCUACAUGUGGAACUAGUAGAAAAUGAAGACGGAAAAUGAAGCAGAACGUUUUUGUGUAAACAUGGCCUAAAUUUAUUGAAUUCUGGAGAUUAUAUAUGCAACAAUUUCUGGAGGUAAAAAUCAUAAGGCCUUAAAUUCAAAUGUGCAAUUUAAGACAAUUUAAGACUUUUCAAGAAACUGCAGGAACCCUGUGGGACGGUUUGUUUAUUUUUGCAUUUUUUUCUGCAUCUUUCUUAUGUUGUCACAUUGGUAGCUCCUCCCAGAGUAUGUGUAAGUUACACAAAUGCAAUAACAGCUGGAAAAGAUAAAGUGGGCUGCACUGCCAUUUUGAGUGGAAUUUAAAAAACAAGUGUGCAGCUGCUUAAUUAUCGCUGCUGGCAUGCAGUGCUUCAAUAUUUUAAAUCAGAAAUAUCACUAAAUGUGAGGAAACUUCACUUAUCCAGUGCUAAUGAGCCGCCCCAAACAUUGACACCACAAAUUCAACAAUUAUCAACAAUCAUCAGAGGACUCCAGGUCAAACAAAUCCUGUGAAACUAAUGCUUAAGAAUGCCUGUGUGAGGAAACUGAUUGACUGGGUGGUCAAAAUCCAUUUUUUAAAUUAGUUUUUACAUCUUUCCCAUUAAAAUAAUCCCCUAAAGAGGGCAGAGAACACAGCAGAAGCAUUUGAAUGGUUAUUGUGUAGGAUAACAUGUAACACAGCUGAUAAACAGCCCCUCACAGAUGAACUCGGACGGACACCAGUAUGCAACAAACAGAGGCCGUGCUUCAGUAAAGUUUGUCUUUAUGUACAUAAACUAGAAAAGGAAGAAAACACUCGUCCAGCCCUUGAGAUUUUGUAUGAGGGUCUAUAUUUUGUAAUUUCAGCAUUGUUAUAGUAUAUCAUCAUACUUAUUGUAUUAUGCUGGACUGACCUUAUAGAAAAUGUUUUGGGGUAAUGGGGUAUUUAUUUAUUUAUUCAUUAAUGGUAUUUAUUUAUUUAUUUUAUUGAAAAAAAAAGUAUUUUAUGUUCAUAUAGCCCCUAAAAAGAAACACAGAAUGCUGUCACUUAUAUCAAUGCUACAUUUUUGUUAGUGUGUCUAUGAAGCUUGAGCCUAUUUAUCUUGUGUUUUCUAUGUUGUGAUCGAUGUAUACACUAAUCUCACACAGGCCUGUCUCACUGUUAUAUCUGUUGAGCUGCAACAUCAUCUAUGGUGCGGCUUCUGAAUAGUAGAGCUGACUAUUUUCAGGAGGGGAAAAACAAAAAAAAAUUGUACCCGAGCCACCAGAGGAUGAACAUUUUUUACCUCUGAGUGACCUAUUUCCACUUUUUCACUGCCACAGGUUUCCAUCGGUCUAUUUCAUCAUCCAAAGCAUCAUCAGUGAUGGUAAAGACGUAUGCAUUCACCAGAUUUUCUCAUGUUCCCUGAACUUCUUUACCUUUUGUAUUUAACGGUGGUCCUGUUGUGUUCUGAAGCUGCUACUUAGUAGUCUGAAACCUGUCUUCAGUGUGCACAUAGUCUAUCUCUGUCAUCAUUAGGGACGUAAGUGUGUCGAUAGCAAUGUAGGCAGGUCAUCAUCAGUGUUCAGUAGCUUGCAGAAAUGUUCAAGAGUGAUUACAUCUUAUAAAGUGCCAAACUGACACACAUGCAAUAGAGAAUACUAAAGUGUAUUAUCAUUUGUGAAUCCACUUCUACUGCUUUGUGCAAACAUGCAACAUAUUUGAAAAAUGUGGGAGGGGGGGUUUCUUGGAGAAAAUGCUGCAUAGGAAUGUUAGCUGACAUCCCCUUGGUUAUUGUAAUAUAGCUUGUUUUGUUUUGUUUUUUUUUCACAUUAUAGAACCAAAAAAGAACAAUGUCCAAAUGUAGACCAGACUUUUAAAAAUACUGUAGUGAACUCAGACUUUUAUGAUUUUGAUUUUUUUUUAUUUCUUUUUCUUUUAAACAUUGGUGCAAAAUAAACAUACUAAGAGUUUUUUUCCAUAAUGCUCUAAGCUUGUUUAUAGUUUGUUUACUAUAUUUUUACUGCACUCUACUGUCAAUGCAAAGAUUUAAAGUGAAUGAAAGUUGAUAGAAAAUGUUUUUAUUCAGUAGUGUGCAUGAUUAUAUAUUUUUUUUUUAGUCUGACAGAUGUUUUAAAAAAUUUGAUCCGAUUCACAGCAUUUUUUCAUCCAGUUUAAGUCUUUUGCUUGCAUUGCCAUGCAUUUUUAUUCAAACUGUACUUAUUUCUGACUAAGUGAUACUUUAUUUACUUUGGGACCCACAAAUGAGACUUAAACGUGAACAGCACAUGUAGAUAUUUUCUAUUGUUAUGUAUUUUGUCAAACUACAGAAAACAAAACAAACGCACUGAAACAACAAAACUCAGUAAUCGAGAACAAAAUGAAUUUCAUAUGAUCCUCAUACAUACAGUAUGUUAGUUGUUUGCCAUCUAUGUAUAUUUGAGUAUUGUAUAAAAGGGGCACUGAUCCAUUCUGUUAGGGUCUGCAUAAUAUAUUAAACAUGUACUGGAAAAAAUCCUUUUCAUAAGGAAAUUGCACAUAGCUGUGGAAUUUUACAA